GGGGAACAGAGCGAGGAGGAACAAGGGAUUUGGGAGCAAGGAAGGCGGCGGCGUGGCAAAGGCGCCUUGUCCUUUUCUCUGUUCUUGGUGCAAAUUCUCAGCCCUGGAAACGUUGCGUGGCUUUGGCAUGAGUUUCGAUAUAUUUGAAAGAGACAAGAGUGCUGAGAAUUCAGUUCAAAUAAGUUUUUUCAAGCAAAAUAUUGUAAAGAAACUGCAAGAUGAACAGCAAACUGGAGUAUUUUAUAAGGUCAAUAAGAAGGCUACAGGCAUGUCACAAUGCAGGGAGAUCUUUUCCUAGAAAAGAAAUCAAAACAAGUGCAUUUGGGAUUAGUGGUUACAAAAAUUCUGCACAAAGUAUUCAACGUCCAUUGUAUGUCCCUUCUUCCUGGCUUCAUUCUUCAAUUUCAACUAGUUCUCAAAAUACUUUUGUUUAUGUUGGGAGCAGCGAUGCAAAUGAACAGAAAAUAACAAAUGAUCUUGACCAUGAGCAGAACUUUAAACCCAUUCAGUUGAAUUCUUCAGAGGAAGUUAGAAAUACCACUGAAGAAAGGGAUGAAUUUGACAUUUCCCAGAAAUUUUUCAGUGACCUUCAAAAAUGUGUAUCUCUUUGUGAUGUACUAGACAUUGCUGCAAAAAGUCAACUCACUUCAAAGUAUGUCAGUAACUGUUUUUCAACUAUGUGGAUGCUUAAAAAAAAAACAGUUAGGAGUCAGAGAUAUGAUGAGACGAAGAUGAUGCUUGAACACCCUCAGUUUCGACAGCUCUGUCAACAUGUGAUGGAUGAAGCAAAGUACAUGGAUAGCAAUAAUUUGGCACACACACUACUUUCUGUGGUAAAAUUAGGAGUUCCACAAAAUACCUUGUUAGUUCAGACAUUACUGAGGACUUGCCAGGAACGUAUCAAUGAAUUUAAUGAUCGAUGUGUCUCAAUUAUUGCAAACACUUUGAAAGUCAUGGAAAAAUGCAAAAAUGUGGAAGCUCUUCAACUUGGACUACAGUUACUUUUACAGGACAAAGUCCACAAAAUAUCAAAUGUGUUUGUAUUGCAAACCAUAAUGCGCAGUAUCGGGAAGGAUGUACCACUGACACUUAAGAAAAAUUUGGAGAACAAGAUGUUGAAUCUGAUGGGUCACUUUACAGUUCCGAAUGCUUUUCAAAUGUUCAGAGUAUUGGGUGAAAUGGACUAUCUUUCUGUUCCAAUCCUGAAUGCUUGUAGUAAGAUAAUAAUAGAAAACAUUGAAGGAACUCAAUUUUUGAACCUGCUGAAUGUUUUGAAAACUGGCAAACAAUUGAGAUACCAAAAUAAGAUACUUUAUUCUACAUUAGCUGAUUAUGCCGCAUCAGUCUUCUAUAUAUGGAGCAGAAAUGAGGUAAUUCUGCUACUUUCAGCUUUUGAAAAUCUUAGUGUUCACCCAGUCCAACUGAUGGAUAAAUUUCUUGAGGAAGUGAUGCUUCACCCGGAAUCCUUGAACCUGAAAGAUGUUAUAAUUAUUCUGCAAGUCUACUCUAAUCUCAAUCACCUCUCCAGUGGCCAAAACCAAGAGUUUCUUGACUCUCUGAAUAGUAUACUGAAUAAACAUCUACAUGAGAUUGAUAAUAUGGAUUUACUAAGAGCUGUAUAUUCAUUCUGUCUUGCUGGAUAUCUUCCCCAACUUGCUCUUAAUCAACUGCUUCAAGAGGAAAUUCUCAGUGAUCUAGUAAAAUCGGGAAAAAAUCUAAGUAUGUUGCCUGCAAUAAAUGUUUGUCUAGAACUUGAUGGAGAUUCUUCCACAACAUCAACAAUUUUAUCAGAGAAAUUGUCAUUGUUACCAAAGACAAUACGUGAUUUUAGUUAUCCUGAAAUACAGGAAGCCCUGCUUACGCUUUUGGAAAAUGAAAAUUUGUUUCAAACAAAUGUACAAUUGACUCAAGGUUACUGCUUAGAUUUUGAAAUUUUAAUGGAUGCAAACCGAAAAAUAGCAUUGACAAGUACAGAAGCAGAUCAGCUGAAAGGGGAUCCCAACCUCAAACGGAUAGCAGUGCUGUGCCCACCUGCAAGUGCUUUCUCAAAUCCAUCACAACACCCAAAAGGCAGGUUGGCAAUGAAAAUAAGACACUUAAAUCGACUGGGAUACCAAAUUAUAUUGGUUUCUUACAAGGAAUUCCAAAAGCUGGAGAAAGACGAGGCAGUUUUAUUCUUCAAAAGACAAAUAUUUUUGGCAGAAAACAUUUAGCGUCUGAAUAAAGUACUCAUGAUGGCUGUAUUUAAAGCAUAUUUUUAAAAAGAGUUUCUGGCAGCAAGUCCAGUAGAGUUCAAUGAGAUUUGGAUUUUGAAUAUUAAAUCAUAAUAAUUGUACUACUUUUGUAGUUUAAGCAAAAAUAUCUGAAUAAGAUUCCUUAAUAAUCCUGUCUCUCAAAUUCACAUCUCUUCUGAAAAUGAAGAAGGACAUAUGUAUGUCACUGCAAGUAUAUUUACCAUACCCAGAGGAUGCUAACUAUUGAGUAGGAAUAAAAACAUCUAUCAUUUUCAUUCUCAGUAAGAACUUGGUUGCAUAAUAAUUUAUUGGCUUGCGUACGAAUAUAAGUAUUCUGUUCCUUUAGCUUCAUACUUAUUUAACAGAUGCAAUUUUGAAGAUUCACUGUAAAGUAGAAUAAUAGCUUAUCAGAUUUCGUUUGUCCUACAGGUGGUGCUAUUUGUCUGAUCAUAACUCACAUUUAGGAAGAGUUCUGUAUUACUUUUGUUUUAGCUGUAUAGAACUUUUGCUCCCACUAAGAGAAGUGCUAGAUAACAUUUUCCCUCAUUUCUGCCUUAAUAGAACUAAAUUACUCAAAAAUGUGUUUCCUGAGGUAAAUUCAAGCCUCUUAAUUUUUCUGAGUUAGGUCUGACCAAAAUGAUUACAAAUAAUGUAAUUCUUAUUCUGAUUGUAUCUAGAAAGACCAAGAUGGGCAUAAAAAGAUUUAGAACAUUCUUUCCAUGUUGUUCAGAAGACUUUUUGCACCGUUAAAAGUGAAGUGAUUGUGAGUGAUCCAAAUAUAAAAUAUCCAGAUAUUUUAUUGAAAUGAAUAACAAAACCCGGAUGCUUUAUUUGGGCACUAGAGUUUCAUAUAGCACCGGCGAGAUGGGGGGCAUACGAAAUACGAAAUGUGUGUGUGUGUGUGUAUGUAUGUAUCUAUAUAUCUAUAUAUAUCUAUAUAUAUCUGUACACACACACACA